AAUAGAGCGUACAUGCGCAAUACAGAUUGUAGGACUUCACCUACGCGUGUCAACUCCGAUCUCGAAGGAACAACCUUUUUGUCGGGUUUGGCCGUGCACGAAAGAGAAAUAUUGUGGCCGGUGCUGGCCGCUUUGCGGCAAGUAGUAGAUACAGGGGACGUUGCGGGGGUUCGCAGACUAGCGAGCGGAUUUCAGUCCUUGGGUGACAUCGCGACCCGUUGGGUGCUCCCUGACCUCGGCAUAUCGUAUUUGCACCGAAAUUCCACCGAAGAUCACGAAGGCGACUCCUUUCUAGAAAGAGCUCGAGCAGCUGUACAGCAGGAGCGCGAGGACAAGUGCACCACGUCGAAGAAGGACCAAGAGCAUGUAGUUGUUAGUCGUGCAGUAAGCGAGCGUCUCCUAGCUGUUUCGCGACCGCCACAUGCAGCGCAGGUCUUCGGGUUUGUUUCCUGGAGUUUGAAGAACGAAACACCGCGAUCUCCAGUAGGCACAGCGACAAACAACGAAACGCCGCUGCUUAAAGUUAAGGGCUGAAGCAUUUCAUUUCUACAUGCUUUUUUCCAUUAUACCAUUGCUAGCGAAAAGUGAAAUGUUUAAACCUUUAAUAAAGAUUCUCGCACGUCGCACACGGAGAUUCUCGGAAGUCGAGAAAAUCCACUAUCGCGGCUCCCCAUUGAAGUGAGUGGCGAGAGCGUCCUUCGAGAGGACGUCAGUGCGACGUCGUGCUCGCCUAGUGAACGCUGGCCGCACACGGUGCGCGGGUGUCGCAGCCGCAACAGCAACCACAGUCACGCGGAAAUUACAGCAAUGCACAAAGUGCUAGCUGCAAUGCGAUGCUAUGAAGACAGUGGAUGUGGCAACAGGACUUCUCCGUCUGAUGGACAGUUCAAUAGGCAGACAAAGGUCUCCUGUGUAAGUACACCUCCUAGUCCUUCUACACCAGAAGUUCACAGAGUAGACUCUCCAGGUUGCUCUACCUGCUCAGCAGAAUUUCCUCCACCUCUGACCGCACACGAUCUUGGUAUCGUGGCUAGUGGUACUAGUGCAGCCAUCGCCCAGCAAGUUCCAGUAAUGAAUGGUCACAAUCAUUAUGAGUCAAGUAGAAGCUGUCACAAGUUAGGAGUUCAACCUGAGUGGCACGGAUCGAUCCGCUUGUAUGUGAGCCACUAUCCAUGCAUUUCGUGUCUCUCCGCGCUCUGUCAGUUCUCCUGGCGCUUCCCAAACAUCCGCAUUUCUCUAGCAUGGGAUAGCGAGUGGACGCGAUUUUGAUAGCAAAUCGAUUUUGAUGG